AUGAAAGUGGGUUUGGUCUUCUGUCUCCCAGGGGCUGGGGCUGGGGGGUUUGGCUGUGCGGGUUCGUGCGUGUCCUUCGCGUGGCCGGCUGCCGGCUCUGAUUGGCUGGCCGUGAUUACCGGCACGCUUCUCUGUGCAGGGCCAACAAGAAACCGCAGGCGUCAUUAUGUUAAUGAGCAGCUCCCGCGGCACGGGGCAGACCUGCCGCAGCAUUCAUUCUCCUUAUCCUACACUCUGAUGCCAGGGUGGGGGAGUGGGGGUGCACAGGAGGGGUGCAGGGGCAGGGGGCCGGUCAUUGUCCGUCCACAGUAUAUAAGUGGGCUGAGGCCGGUCGUGUGCCAGGCUCACCGGCUCGCACGAGCUGAUCCAGAGCGAAAAGACGCACAGAGACGCGUGCCGAGCAUCCCACACCGAAACCCUCCGUCCCCUUGGAUCCGUGCUCAGAGAGACUUCAGCAGACCUCAGGCCCCCCGCGCCAGCCGCUCCGCCUCCCCGGACUCCUCUCCGCUCUGCACGUCGCGCUCUCCGGAGCCCGAGCAGCAGCAGAAGAAGCGGCGCCGCGGCCGCGCACGCAGCGAGGCCACUGUGCAGGUGGUGAAGAAGAAUCGACGCUUGAAGGCCAACGACCGGGAGAGGAACCGUAUGCACAACCUGAACGAUGCACUGGACGCGCUGCGCGGCGUGCUGCCGGCCUUCCCGGACGAGACCAAACUCACCAAAAUCGAGACUCUGCGCUUUGCGCACAACUACAUCUGGGCGCUGUCAGAGACCAUCCGCAUCGCCGACCUGCAGGCGGGAAAGACCGGCGACGCUCCACUGCUGCUGAGCCCUGCAUGCCUCGCUGAGGCCCCGAGUCCUGGCAGCGACGCCUGUUCCUGGAGGUCCAGCGGCUCCUCCUCCUCCUCCCCGGCCUACUGCGCAUCCAGCCCGGGAAGCCCCGCGGCGCCAGAGGACUACAGCUACCUGCAGCAGGACGCUCUGUACGGCUUCCGCAGCUUCGUGCCGGGCAUCUACUGAGCGCCAGUCAGCCGGAGGAGGCGCCGGGCCAGCGGAUUCACAGACCAGAGAAAUGUAGACACACGACAGCGGGACAGACGGACUGUCAGCUCUGUGCUGGAAUAAGACUGAGAACCACUGUUUGCCUUACUCUUUAUUGUCCUGCUCCCACACGUCUCUGCUGACGGACUGUCAGGGAGAGCCUUCAUUUAGUUCUUUUUUUUUUAUUCUGUAUAUUUCUCCAAAAGCUUUUGCACUUUUUCCCGCCCUCCCGUCUGCAGUCUGCAGGUUACAGUCAGGUUUUUACGGAUCAGUUUUCUUAUGUCGGAGGUGAAAAGUCAAUUUUACAAUUUGUAGAGUGAUAAAGCAGAAAAGAGCGUGGAAAUCGAGUUGUAACGCUCUGACAAUAGAAUGAAUGGAGCUGCCCUCGUUCAUUAUGUAUUCUGCCCCCCCAG